UUUUUGAACUUUAAACCUCUGAGCUACCAUCACUCACGGCAUGCUCCUCUGUACAGGGUUUCAUUGCCUUCAUGUUUUUACCAGAACCAGAAGCAGAGAAAAUAGUUUCUUCUGUAAUCAUGACACAGAUGCCAGAGUGAAUAAAUAAUUGCACUUCAGGAUUCACUGAUUACUUGACGGAGAGAUAAAGAGAGCAUCACUGCCAUUCGAACUGAUUGGUACAGGUGAGAGUGGUGAAAAUAUGUCCGCUACUCUGGAUGAGUACUGUGGGUCAGUUUUUUGGAAUGCCUCAUACCUGAAUCGUACCGAUCCAGAUUUGCCAGUGUGUUUAGAGAGAACAGUGUUGGUAUGGGUGCCGCUGGGAUUCCUGUGGCUUUGUGCUCCUUUACACUUGGCCAGACUUUUCAAGAAAAAAGCUCCCAAGAUUCCCUUCUCCAAGCUCUACAUCUGCAAGCAGAUUGUGGCAGGACUUCUGUUACUGACAGCUAUCGCUGGACUUGCUGUCACACUUGCUGAAGAUUACAGACCGACAAAUGACUCAGUCAUUAAAAAAAAUCCUGCUGUGCUUUACGUUAAUCCGGUGCUGUUUGGAGUCUCUUGGGUUUUGGUGAUGUUCAUGCAGGAAGCUUUACGACGCAAGGAGAGAGCUGUCGAUUCUGGAAGCCUUUUCCUGUUCUGGCUGCUGUUGGUCAUCUGUGAUACCUUUCCUUUCCAGACAAUUCUAAGAGAUGCAUUACAACAGGAGAACAUAUCAGAUCUUCCUAGGUUUUGCCUUUUCUACAUAGCAUAUGGAUUUCAGCUGGUCGCUUUGGUUUUAUCAGCCAUUGCUGAUGUUCCACCUGACCUUAAGGAAAGGACAAAGAAGAACCCUGAAGCUGGUGCUGCAUUUCUUAGCAGAAUCACCUUCAACUGGUUUAACUGGAUGGUCUUCAACGGCUAUAAAAGACCGCUGGAGCAGGAGGAUAUGUGGGAGUUGAAUGAGAAGGAUAGCACAGGAUAUAUCACCCAUAAGUUUGAGGAGAUCAUGAAAGAAGAACUAUGGAAAGCACGGCAAAGGCUACAGAAGAAACUAGCCAAGAAAAAAAAAUCUACACUAAAGUCUGAUUGUGAGCAAAAUGGCCUGGCCAAAGGUGUCAGUCAGGAUAUCCUGGUUAUGGAGGAGAAAGGAGCAGAGGCAGAAAAGAAGAAGAAAAAGAAGCAAAAAAAGGACAACGGUUCAAAUUAUCCUGACUCCUGGCUGGUGCUCACCAUUAUGAAAACCUUUAAAUGGAUUCUUCUGGAGUCUGCUCUCUUUAAACUGUUACAAGACCUGUUUUCAUUUGUGAGUCCACAGCUGCUCAAGGUCAUGAUAUCCUUCACUCAGGACAAAUCCAUUCACACUUGGUGGGGUUAUGUUUAUGCUGUACUACUCUUGAUUGUGGCAAUUCUUCAGUCCUUGUUCCUCCAACAGUAUUUUCAGCGCUGUUUCGCUCUGGGAAUGAAAGUACGCACGGCUAUAAUGGCAGUAGUCUAUAAGAAGGCAUUGGUCAUGUCUAACAAUGCAAGGAAAGAGUCCACAGUAGGGGAAACGGUCAAUCUGAUGUCAGCUGAUGCUCAGCGCUUCAAUGAUGUCACCAACUUUGUCCACCUUUUGUGGUCGUGCCCACUGCAGAUUAUAUUGUCUAUAGCAUUUCUGUGGAUUGAACUGGGACCUUCUGUUCUCGCUGGUCUCUUGGUGAUGCUGCUUAUGGUUCCUGUGAAUGGGCUUCUGGCCACCAAAUCCAAGACUUACCAGAUGAAAAACAUGAAAUUUAAAGACAAGCGCAUGAAAAUGAUGACUGAAAUUUUGAACGGCAUCAAGAUUCUGAAGCUUUAUGCUUGGGAGCCAUCUUUCCAAACUCAGGUGAAUGACAUUAGAGAGAAGGAGUUGAAAGUGAUGAGGAAGUUCGCCUACCUUUCGUCCGUUUCCACCUUUAUCUUCUCCUGUGCUCCAGCUCUGGUGUCCCUGGCGACCUUUGCUGUCUUCGUGUCUGCCAGUCCAGAUAAUAUCUUAGAUGCACAGAAAGCUUUUACAUCCAUCUCUCUUUUCAACAUAUUGCGAUUUCCUCUGGCCAUGCUCCCUAUGCUGAUUUCCUCCAUUGUACAGACAGCCGUAUCCAAAAACAGAUUGGAGAAGUUUCUUGGUGGAGAGGAUUUGGACACAAUGGCAGUGCAGCACAGCGACAACAAGGGUGCAGCAGUAAGUGUGAACAAUGGCACUUUUACCUGGGAUAUUGACUCGGAGCCAGCUCUGAAGAAUGUAUCUCUGGAUAUCAAGGAAGGUCGUCUUGUGGCUGUGGUGGGUGCAGUGGGUUCAGGAAAAUCCUCUCUGAUUUCAGCACUGCUUGGGGAACUGCACAACCUCUCUGGUUCAGUUCAUAUCAAGGGAUCUGUUGCAUACGUGCCGCAGCAGGCCUGGAUUCAGAACGCUACGCUAAAGGAUAACAUUCUGUUUGGUUCGACUGAGGAUGUGAUGAGGUUCCAGACAGUAGUGGAAGCCUGUGCAUUAAAUCCAGAUCUGGAAUUACUUCCUGGUGGAGCUCAGACUGAAAUUGGCGAGAAAGGCAUCAAUCUAAGUGGAGGGCAGAAGCAGCGAGUGAGUUUGGCUCGAGCAGCCUACAGCUCUGCAGAUGUUUUCCUGUUGGACGACCCCCUCUCUGCUGUUGAUGCUCAUGUGGGGAAGCAUCUGUUUGAGAGGGUGAUUGGACCCAACGGCCUACUUAAAAAUAAGACUCGUAUUCUGAUAACUCAUGGGAUCAGCUUCCUGCCUCAUGUGGAUGAAAUAGUUGUCUUAGUAGAUGGUGUUGUGUCUGAAGUUGGCUCAUAUGACAGUUUACGUGCCAGCAAAGGUGCUUUCUCUGAGUUCUUGGACAUACAUUCAAAAGAGGAGAACAAGUCAAAUGAACAAAAAGAAUCAGCUUCAGAUCUUGAGAUGAUUGACAUUGUUCCCGAGAGUCAGCAGCCACAGGCCGACAGCCCUGCUGAGGAUAUAGUCUCUGUCGUAUUGAAGAGAGAGAACAGCUUACGUCACAGUCAGCGCCAUGCCAUGCGCAACGGCAGCAUAAAAUUAAGAAGGAACAGCUCGGCGAGACCUAAAAUAGAUGCCGAACAGACCAAGAAAGGGCAGAGACUGAUAGAAAAGGAAACAAUGGAGAGUGGAAAGGUCAAAUUCUCAGUGUAUCUGCAAUACCUGAGAUCUUUGGGCUGGGGCUUCACGACCAUGUUCAUUACAGUUUACUUCGUCCAAAAUAUAGCCUUCAUUGGUCAGAACCUAUGGCUGAGUGAGUGGACCAAUGAUGCAAUAGAUUAUCCCAAUGGAAGCACUUACCCUGCCCAUAUUAGAGAUAUGAGAAUCGGGGUCUUUGGAGCACUCGGUGUGGCACAGGGCAUUUUGGUGUUUCUGGGCACUUUGCUUCUGGCUGAUGCAGCAAUUCGUGCCUCCAGAAUUUUACACUCUCGAUUACUUUCCAACAUUCUCAAAGCACCCAUGCUGUUCUUUGAUACCACACCAUCAGGACGGGUGGUAAACCGCUUUGCGAAGGACAUGCUUACCGUUGAUGAGAUGAUCCCGAUGUCUUUCCGUUCUUGGAUCCUCUGUCUUUUCGGCGUCCUUGGCACCUUAUUUGUUAUCUGCCUUGCCACUCCACUUUUUACGGCAGUUAUUGUGCCUCUUGCUGUGGUCUAUUACUUUGUGCAGAGGUUCUACGUUGCCACUUCGAGACAGCUGAGGCGAUUAGACUCUGUUUCCCGUUCUCCCAUCUACUCCCAUUUUGGAGAAACGGUAGCUGGGCUUUCUGUCAUUCGAGCUUACAGACACCAGGAACGCUUUCUGGAACACAACAGAGUCACUAUCGAUAACAACCUCAAAAGCGUCUACCCUUGGAUUGUUUCUAAUCGAUGGUUGGCCAUCCGACUGGAGUUUCUGGGUAAUCUGGUGGUGUUUUUCUCAGCGUUGUUUGCUGUGUUAUCUCGAGAAUCUCUGGACAGUGGGCUGGUUGGACUAUCCAUCUCUUAUGCCUUAAAUGUGACUCAGACACUAAACUGGCUUGUGAGAAUGACAUCGGAGCUGGAGACAAACAUUGUGGCGGUGGAAAGGGUCAGCGAAUACACCGAGAUUCCCAGUGAGGCUCCAUGGCUCACAGAGAUACGUCCUCCAAAUGAUUGGCCCUCUGAAGGAAAAAUUCAGUUUGAGGACUACAAGGUCAGAUACCGGCCGGAGCUGGAACUUGUUCUUCAUGGCAUCACCUGCAACAUUGAAGACUCUGAAAAGAUCGGCAUUGUUGGCCGAACAGGAGCAGGUAAAUCCAGUCUGACCAACUGUCUGUUCCGCAUCAUGGAGGCAGCCGAGGGACAUAUCAUAAUAGACGGGGUCAACAUCUCCACCCUGGGACUCCACUCUCUCAGGAACCGAAUAACUAUUAUUCCACAGGACCCAGUGUUGUUCUCUGGGACCCUGCGGAUGAAUCUAGACCCUUUUGAAGUUUUUGGAGAUGAGGACAUCUGGAAAGUUUUAGAACUGGCUCACCUGAAGGGCUAUGUGAUGACUCUGCCAGCAGGUUUGCAUCAUGAAGUUGCAGAAGGAGGAGAGAAUCUCAGUGUUGGUCAGAGGCAGCUGCUGUGCCUGGCUAGAGCUUUGCUACGGAAAUCAAAGAUCCUUAUCCUGGAUGAGGCCACGGCCGCCGUUGAUUUGGAGACAGAUGAGCUGAUUCAGACUACGAUUAAUCGAGAGUUCUCAGAAUGCACUGUGCUCACCAUUGCCCACCGCAUCAACACCAUUCUGAACAGCACAAGGGUGAUGGUUCUGGAUUCUGGGAAAAUAGUGGAGUUUGAUUCCCCGAGUGUGCUGUUUGAGAAGAGGGGCCACUUUUACUCCCUGGCCAGAGAAGCUGGAAUAUCAUCGAUAGACUACUCAGUGCUGUGAAGUAAAAACCCGAACUGGACACUGAAAUGAGAACAUGCAGGUUUUUGUUGUGUUCGAUGAACCUGUGUGUCCGAAUUGUAGCUAUUAGUCAAUAUGAACGUAUACUAAAAAUAACAAAACUGGAAAAAAAAAACUGGGUUCUGCUGUGCAUCUAAUAUUUAAUACAAAUUGAUUAAGACCACAUCACAAAGUUUCACAGAAAAGCGUGACACAUUAUUACUACAGUAUAAAGGCAGGAGAGAUCCAUCCAACCUUCAUCCAUCCAACCUCAAUCCAUCCAACCUCUCAGGCUGCAAGUGAUUUAAUAUGAGGUGACAUAUUUUUUGAUUUGCACAUCCCAGGAGUGAAAACUAAAAUCUAAUGCCCUUUUUUAUUAUUAUUGAGAGACUUUGGAUUUGAGCAAAGUAGAAGUUUUCCCUUGAAUGUUUUGUUUACUUUCUUGAAGACUAUAAAUAUACUUUUACACAACUGUCUUGAUGUUUACCAUGUAGACAGCAAAGUUCAUGCUUCUUUGUGUGUAAGAUUUGAGUGUGUGUGUGUGUGUGUGUGUGUGUGUGUGUGUGUGUGUGUGUGUGUGUGUGUAUGAGUGUGUGUAAGAUAUAAGAUAUUGGUGUAUGAUACAGUUUUGUGUGCAUUGUUUCAUGUUAACAGAAUGUAAAUCACAAACAAACGCACACAUGCAUCGUAAUAGUGUUUGUUUUUUAGUAUCACCAUUUUUUACUAAUUUUUUCAAACCUUCAAUAAAUUAUUAGAAAUGUUGAAAAUUAAA